AUGGAGUACAUCACACGAGGGGUCUGUGGACAGGAAGGGUGCCGUGAAACGCGGUAUUACCUUGACAAUGGCCUCUGGUUUUGUAGGCGGGGUCACCAGCAAGAGGGGCGGCAAGUGGAAGCGGAUGCAGAUGAUUUUGGUACUCAAGGUCGAACGAGUCGCAUAAAGAAAGCGGCGGUCGAAAAGGCCCAAAGGACUUACCGGGGUCGUCAGGCAUCUCGUCUAUUUCUGCAAGUCUAUCAACUGAUUCUCUGGAAACAAUCUUACACCUUGGUCCAGAGCCGCGGCUUUCCGCCAGAGUUUGAGAAUGUGAUUCGAGACCUUUGGGCGCUCCAUCUGGAUACCUUCGCGGACCAGAUCAAUGAACUGUCAGAGCUGGAUGAUGAACCGCGAUUCUUCAGCUCUCAGCCUGCUUCCAGCUUUGAUGAACCUCCAGAGGCGAAGCUCGGUACCACGCAGACGAAAUGGCCUCGACUUAUCGAUAGUGUGGCCCUAUGCUAUAUUGCCGCGCUGCUAAUGAGGCUUCCUGUGAGCAUUGAGGAUUUCCAUGGGAUGGCUAUACGGGGAGAGAUGCCCUUUAUCAGAAUCAUCAAAGAUAUUCCCCGCGAGAUGCGCGAUCGACUCCCUCCGCAAUUUAUCGCCAUUCUUGAAACUACGAAAUUGAUUCAGGCCGAGCAUCUUCAUGGAGCCGUGGCAGAUCUCCUUUCGUACUAUCACCAUCGAUUCGACAUGCAAUUUCCGCCUUUGAACUGGCCCUUCUUGCUGUAUAGAUACAUUAGGAGGCUUGCGCUGCCGAUCGACAUCUAUCCCGCCGUCAAAAGGCUACAGCACCUGCUGGGGUUCUCUUUCGCAUACCCCACGGGUACAAGUGGCAGGAGAAGACCACUUCAAUUGCCGGAAGUACAAGUGGUUGUCCUGAUUGUCAUUUCUACCAAGCUUCUAUUCCCUUUCGACGACUACAACAGAUACCCUCUUUCUUCGAAGGAACCUUCUGUUCAGGUCAUCGACUGGAUGCUUUGGGCACAGAACCAACGGAUUUUUGACCGUGGGAGGACCUCUGACGGUAUGCUGGGCAAGGGGAAUGAGAUCUCAGUGACCGAAAAAGACAUAAUGAGCAUGACCCCGUCCCAGAUAGAUGAGUAUAUGGAUUGGUACGAGAGCUCCUGGCUCGACCACAGCAAAGCACAAAAUCCAUUGGCCAGCUUCUUCCCAGUCAGUGUCAAUGCAAGUGAGAGUCAGACAGCCAGCGCUUCCGUAGAGGGGAAUGAUGCGGAGGCUCUGCUUUCGAUGCUGCGAACCUCUACGAGUCAACUGAAAUCUACCAAGGUCAUCACUGGGGAGAGUAUUGAUACACCCCGACCAGGCUCCGCCUACGCGCGCUACCGAACGGAGGCCGAUCUUCCUGAUACGGCAAGGCCCUUCUUCGAGACUACUGCCAAAGUAGCUGGAAUCUCGCUCUCCACUCUUGUCAGGGCGGUGUCGCAGGCGGAACAUAAGAUAACCAGAUGGCUGGAAGAGCACCGACGGGUUGAAGCGAUCAAGGAUACGUUGGACGCGGACUCCUCCAGAGAAACUAGCGAAAUGGAUGAUCAAGAUGUCUGA